AUGUGUCGGAAUUACAAUUCUGAAUUCUAUAGUAGACACCACCGCUUUUACCGGGCUAGUUCAGUCAUGCACCAUUCUCUCGAUGAGUUCAUGGCAGAAGUUCUCAACAAGUAUAAAGGCUUCUUGGUUCAGUGCGAAGUAUUCUGGAUAGAUAGCUGUAAAGAAUACCUGGAUACACUCCAAAAGUUCAGGAAAUAUGAAAAAGUGUAUUUGAGAUCAUGUCAAUCUAUGUUCUACAGAAAUUGCGAAGUCGAUUUUCAAGAAACACUGGAUGACAUCGCUCAUGGAAUCAAAGAAGAAAAAAAGAACAUGGGCAAAGGAAAUAAGGAAAUGUUCGAUAAGCUAAAAGUUUUACAUGGACAUCCAAAUAAUAAACAUCUUCUAAGAGAAUUGGAAGAGCAGUACAAAACUAUCUUUGCCGAAUAUGAGGCCAAGUAUUCAAAGAUCAUGGAUUCAUACAAGAAACAAUUGAAAGAAAAAAUUGUAAGCAUUAAGCAAUAUUUCGAAAAUAUGGUUGUUAAGUUCGGCGCUGUUGGUGCGGAAGAUAAAUUAUCAGAUAUGAUUGAUACCCUGCAGGAAAGCUACAAAAUGAAAAUAAGUAGUAUACAUGAUUUCAAAUAUGGAGCUACAGAAACUGGCACUUUUAGCAAAACAAUACUGAAAUACCUAACCAAAUUUGAAGGAUUGGCAGCCAUCAAAUCAGAUGUAAUUUCAAGCACGGCUACAUCAGAAAGUUCUACUGUGGAAGAUCCUGAAACUAUGUUUAUGAACUUGGAAAAAAAUGGAGAAUUAGAACUCGAAAAGAUCGCUCAGGUCGUGGAAUCCGAUUUGCUUGAAUACCUGAGGAACUACGAUAAAAUGUGGUCCACUGAAAUAGAUUGUAUCAGAAAUCUGUUUGUUGUGAAAUACGAUAGACACAAUUCAGUCUGAAAGAUAGAAGGUGAUAUUUGUUGAACAAUCAAUAAAAUAUUACGAGGCAUGCUGACGUCAUUACAAUAAAGAUGAAAUAGUAUGUAAUACUGGU